AUCAAAUACCCUUCCCGAUAACCUUGUACCGCCACACCAAAAUUUGUAUGUAGUGUUACUUUUGAAACAAAUAACUAUAACAAACAAAUCAAGGUAGCGCUACAUAUAAAUUUUGGUGUGGCGGUACAAGAGCUUUACGCUGCGGUAACUAACUAGGUACAAAGUUGAUGACGUAAGUCAAGACAAACACAUGAUAACUUAGCCGAGGAUCUUUCCAUGUCGGCUCCGGCGCGGUUGGCUGGUUGCAGCUGGCGGACGGAGCUAUACCUAGGUAAUCACCGUGCUGGGCAAGAGACAACCCAAACGCGGCUCUUUUACGCUCUUCUUUGCAGUUUCUGAGAGUCUGCAGGUCUACGUCUUUACUAACAGACUUGAGCCAUGAGAUAACUUAACCACCUGGCUGUAAAUUGAAUUGCGAUCCUUCAUAUUCUUGAAGACCCGAUCUCAGCCCAACCCCGAUCUUUUUUCGAAAUGAUAGGCGCGACGAGACGCUGGUUUCGCCGCCAUCGCAAUGGUAUAGCUAUUGGAGUUGGCGUUGUUGGAGCGGGAUAUCUGGCCGGCCAAUAUGUUCUAUCGAAGAUCUCGGAGAGCAGGGAGCGCAUGAGUAGUGAGCGGAUUGCCCGAGAGAAUCUGCGAAGGAGAUUUGAACAAAACCAGACGGACUGCACUUUUACAGUGCUUGCCUUGCUCCCGACGGCGGCGGAGAAUAUUCUUGAAGCUCUACCCGUGGAGGAGUUGACAAAGGAGUUGCAACAGAAGAAGGCUGAACGGCUUGCAAAACUAAAUGCUGGCGAGAUUACGGGCUCAGAUAUUAGUAGCUUAGGUGCCCAGAGUGCGACGGAGGACGAUGGGCGGAGCCUUUCGAGCUUACGGAGUGAGGGGUACGUGCAUACCAGCCAGGUUGCGGAUAGCUCUUCGGGACUGGAGACUCCUAAAUCGAAGAGCAGGACACAGUUGUGGAAUGAUCUGAAGAUAAAUUCUUUGACGAGAUCCUUUACUCUGAUAUACACACUUUCCCUCCUCACCCUCCUCACGCGCAUCCAACUCAACCUCCUCGGCAGACGAAAUUACCUCUCGAGCGUGGUAUCGCUUGCCUCUCCUCCGCAGAAUCAGUCAACAAUCAAUCUUGAGGACCACGACGAUGAAGGUAUUGGACAUGCAUUUGGCAAUGACUUUGAAACCAACCGUCGUUAUCUUACAUUCAGCUGGUGGUUGCUACAUCGCGGCUGGCGACAGCUGAUGGAAAAGGUCAAGGAAGCUGUAGAGGAGGUGUUUGGACCAGUAAAUCCACGAGUGGAUAUCACGCAAGAAAGGCUGUCCGAAUUGACGCUCGCUGUGCGGAAGAAGGUUGAAGGUGCCACGGAAGAAGAGCGGAGAUCGACGAAAUGGCUAUCAUACCUUCUCCCCUCGCGGGACCAGGAAGAUUACGUUCUCAAGGAAUCUGGCGUCCUCUCUGCCUCAGAAACCUCAUCUCUCCAAAAUCCUUCCAGCCUCCGCCAUCUCCUAGACGAGACCUCCGACCUCAUCGACUCCCCGCAAUUCACCCAAAUCCUUACCCUCCUCAACAACGAAGCCUUCUCCGCAUUAAUCGAUAACAAAUGUGCCAUCGAAGCCUUCAAAAGCACCACCCCUGCCCAUCAGACCCCAACUGCCCAAGAAGGCCAACAACAAGAACCACAAAACUUCUCCUCAUCCGUAACCCUCACCCAAACCACAUACGACUCCACAUCUACCCCCGUCUCCAAAGCCAAACUCGCAACCAUCCUAGCGGUAAUCGCCCGCCAAGCACACGUCAUCGGAAACGGUACCGAGCCCCCCAACGACUACAUCACAGCCAUGGAACAAGGCGUACGCGAACUCGAAGCCUUCGCCGCAGUCGUAUACAGCAGCAACUUCUUUGACGCGAAACUGCCUGUCCCCGGCUCGAACCCGGAGGGUGGGGCGUGCCCUGGUGAACCGUCGUCGAUGGCUGCGACUCACAUUGCUAAUGCCACCAAUGACGAUGCGCCGUCGUGGCGUAAUUCGCCUGGUUUCGCUGCGACAGCUGAGGUGGGCGGGUUGGGUGAAGGCAAGGAGGAGGUGGUGGUGGAGGUAGGGGCCGAGGAGAGUAUCGUUGACCUGGGAGCCCAGCCUUCAGGCGAUCAUGGUGCUACUACCCCGAGUUUUGAGAAGGUUUGGGGGAAAGCAGUUGAGGAGCAGCAGCAGCAGCAGCAACAGCAGGAGGAGGAGUGUUCUUCGUGACAUGCUAUGUUAUAUUUAUCUAGUAUUAUUAUUAUUAUUAUUAUUAUCUAUUUCUACUUUAUAUUAUUGGGUACAAUUCUAUCAUUCUUUUUUCUACUACAUAUCUUGGAUUUUCUUUCUUUCUUUCUUUCUUUCUUUCUUUCUUUCUUUUUUUUUCGCGCUUUUAGCUUGAUCAUUCACAACCCCUGGAUUAAUAGUAAAUCUAUUAGAUUUCGCCAUGUGCUUUUAUGCUUUUAUUGUGUGUGCUUUUAUGCACUUGUUUCUCAUCCACUGCUCAUACCCUAUAGACAACCUUAAGGUAUGUGUGUGUGAUUUUGUUUUUUCUUGUACCUAGUGUGAACCGGGCUACGACUCUCCCUGCACUGAACGCACCCGAGCAAGGUCUAAAACCCCCUUCUAGGAGACUUGGCUUGCACAAGCUCAGAAUAAAUACUGUACAUAUUGGAACGACUAAUCCUCGGAGUGUUGUCCCUCUUCUUCUUAAGCGUACAGAGUGCAUUUUAACGUGAGAGGUUCACGUUCGGGAUACCUGACUUUGGUGGAAAUAUACCGUGUGUAUAGUGACUUUGUAUCGGCGUAUGGGGGUGGGGUGGUCGAGAGAGGAAAGUGAGAGUCGGA